AUGAAGGAAAUUUAUUUGAAGAGUGUCAUUGAAGCGAUGGCUCUUACUGGCAAUUUGGAGGUUGAAAUUGAGAUCCAGUCACCUGCUAUUGAGUUCUUCAACUUCUUCACUAAGCAACUACACAAUCUUCCAAACGCCACUGGCAGUGUCCAUGUAGGUGAGCUUCAUCAAGGAGAUGACUGGCACGCCAUUGGAUCUGUGAAGCAAUGGUCUUAUACUGUUGACGGUAAGGUGGUGACAUGUAAGGAGAAAAUUGAAGCGAUUGAUGAAGAGAGCAAAUCACUGAACGUGGACUUCUCCGAAGGAGACAUUAAGGAUCAAUACAAGAGUUUCAAGUUCAUAAUAAAAGCUACUGACAAGGAAGGAGGUGGUGCUGUUGCAAAGUGGAGCUUCUCCUAUGAGAAGAUCCAUGACGGAAUCCCAGAUCCAAAAGGCCAUGUCGACUUUGUAACCUCCUUACAAAAGAUGUUGAUGCUUAUCUUCUCAGUUCACAUGGCAAAUGAAUUGGAUCAGCAAGUGAAAAUCCAAAGUGCGAGGAAUGAGCAAACUAAUUGUAGGCUAAGGAUGGGUCUUACUGGUAAAUUGGAGAUUGAAAUUGAGAUCGAGACGCCGGCUUCCAAGUUCUUUAGGCUCUUCCUGGACCAACUUCACCAUCUUCCCAACGUCAUUGACAGUAUCCACCAAGGCGAGCUUCAUGAAGGAGACUACUGGCACGACGUUGGCUGUGUCAAGCGACGGACUUACACUGUUGAGACAGAUGGUAAGGUGGUGGCGUGUAAGGAGAGGAUUGAGGCGAUUGAUGAAGAGAACAAGUGGAUAAGAUUCGAGUUCUUCGAAGGAGAUGUUAAGGAGCUGUACAAGAGUUUUAAGAUAACACUCAAGGUGUCUGACAAAGAAGCUUCUCGUGGUGGCGCCAUUGCUAAGUGGAGUUAUGAUUAUGAGAAGCUCCAUGAGGGAGUCCCAGAUCCUACAGAUUUUCCUCAUCUUGAUGACUCGAGGAGUGUAGAGGCAGAGAUGGCACGUGAUCAAGUUGGAAAGCUGGAGACGGACGUGCACAUCAAGGCGACGGCAGAGCAGUUCCAUGAUGUUUUCUGCAGCAGAACUCACCACAUCGCCAACGUUUGUCCAGAAAAGAUCCAAGGCGUUGAGAUUCACGAAGGCGAAUGGGGCUCUCAAGGAUCCAUCAUCUUCUGGAACUAUGUUCAUGAUGGGAAAAAGUGCGUAGCGAAGGAGCUGGUGGAGUCGAUAGACAAAGAGAACAACAAGAUAACAUUCAAAGUGUUGGAGGGAGAUCUGAUGGAAGACUACAAGAGUUUCAAGAUCAUAAUUCAAGUGUUGCCUCAGGAGAAAGGAAGUGUGGUUCAUUGGGUGAUGGAAUAUGAGAAGCUCAAGGACCACUCUCCUGACCCUCACACUCUGCUUCAGCUAGCGGUUGAUGUCAGCAAGGACAUCGACGCUCACCUCGUUGCCCAGCAAGACGACGACCAGCAGGCCACCAAAUAAUUAAAUCCGUAUAUCCAUCUCCCAUACUAUAUAUAUAAUAUAUGUAUGUAUGUGGUAAAUAAAAGCUGAUGACGACGAUCUCUGUCUGUAUGUGCAAUCAUUAGUGUCUUCUUUGUUGAAGAUUAUUAAAUCGGUCAUUGCGAUCAUCAAUCACUUGUGCUCUCUGGUUUGCCUUGUUAACGCCGUAUGUAUGUACUGCUACUGUGUAAUAAUGUUUAAUGAAAUCUAAUAGUUUGUGUGCUAGCUUGCACUUUUGAGUGCCUUA